CUGAAUUUAGUGUUCUUUCUUUUUUUUUGUAUUAUUCCACCUCAUGUCUGAUAUAUCACCUUCACAAGAACAACAACAACAACAACAAAACUAUGCUCAAAUGCAACAAUACCAACAGUCUCUUCAAAACGAUAGCCACUCUGUCAUUUUGGUUACAGCUGGUUAUGAUAAUACCAUUCGAUUCUGGGAAGCUCUAAGUGGUAUUUGUUCUCGUACUAUACAACAUGCUGACUCGCAAGUGAAUCGUUUAUGUAUAUCUCCUGAUAAGACAACUUUGGCAGCAGCAGGUAAUCACAAUGUACGACUUUAUGAUAUCACUAGUUCCAAUGGCAAUCCGUUGGUUGUUUUUGGAGAACAUACAGGGAAUAUUACGGCAGCAGGAUUUCAUGGUGAAGGACGAUGGAUGUUUACAGCAAGUGAAGAUGGUCAUUUGAAAAUUUGGGAUACCCGAUCUGGUCGCAAUCCAGUCUUGACACGCAACUUUGAUAACAAUGCACCGAUCAAUGAUGCCGUGAUGCAUGCAAAUCAAGGUGAAUUAAUUACCUGUGAUCAAAAUGGAGUGGUCAAAAUUUGGGAUUUGACAGCUCAUGCUUGUACUCAUCAAUUGGUACCGGAUGAAGGUGUUCCUUUACGAUCUGUUAGUAUUGCUUCAGAUGGAUCUAUGCUUGUGGCUGUGAACAACAAGGGAUUUUGUUAUGUAUGGAAAAUGUCAAGUAGUACGUCUGAACUAUCUAAUGUAGAACCACUUUUUAAAUGGCAAGCUCAUAAUGAUUAUAUAUUACGAUGUGUCCUAAGUCCUGAUACAAAACUUUUGGCCACAUGUUCGGCUGACAAAACUGUCAAGAUAUGGAAUGCUGAAAAGAAGUUCAAUUUGGAAAUGACAUUGACUGGACACCAACGAUGGGUUUGGGAUUGUGCUUUUUCGGCGGAUUCUGCUUAUUUGGUCACAGCUUCAUCUGACCAUGUAGCAAGAUUAUGGGAACUCUCUCAAGGUGAAACGAUUAGACAGUACAAUGGACAUAACAAGGCAGCUGUUUGUGUAGCUUUGAAUGAUUUAUCCAUUGGCUACAAUUAAUAAAUCUUUUUUUUUUAUUU